GGCGCCGAGUCGCCCAAGACGCUCCUCAUCGCGCUCGGCAACACGUCGGCCCUCGACAACACGCUCCCCGCCGACUAUGCCCUCGUCUCGCUCAACCUGUACCGCCCGCUGUCGCCCGCCCAGAUCCGCGGCCUCGUCCCGGCCGGCGUCGAGACGGUUGUCGUCCUCGAGCAGGUGUACAAGAAGGCGAGCAAGUGGGCUCCGGUGUACCUCGACGUCGUCGGCGCGUUCGCCGACGAGGACGACGAUGCCCGGGUGCCGACCAUCCUGAGCGCCACCCUCGGCGACAAGCCCUCGAUCGAGGCCAUCCAGGGUGCGUCGCCCUCGCGUUCACGCCUUCUCUUCUCUUGUGCGGCACCUGACAUACUCUAUCGUCUCGCAGACGGCGUCGCGUCCGGCUCGAACCCGUUCACGGUCGGCACCAUCCCUUCGCCCUCGCCCGCACCUGCCGCCAAGGCCGUCAAGACGCCCCGCCACGAGACGACCUACACCAAGCUCCUCGACGAGGUCUUUGGGCAGCGCCUGUGGCUCGCCAACUCGCCGUCGUCGCUCCAGCCCCAGGCGGCGUCGAGCAACGUGUCGUCGACCUCGCCCGAGUACGCCCUCGGCCACGUCCUCGGUGCCAACAAGGAGCGCGAGGCCCUCCGCGAGCAGGUCCGCGAGGCGCUCGACUCGGGCAAGCUCGACGACGCGAGCAAGAAGGCGCUCUCGGCGUGGCUCGACGACGACCGCAACGUCAAGAAGGCCAAGGCCGUCUCGUCGGCGUCGCUCCCCGAGUCGCUCAAAUCGGCCGACUUUGCGCCCAAGUCGAACUGGAUCAUCGGCUCCGAGGCGUGGUCGCACGACCUCGGCGCGUCGGGCCUGCACCACGCCCUGUCGACCGGCGCCGACGUAAACCUGCUCAUGAUCGACACGACGCCGUACCACCUCCCGAGCGACCAGCUCCCCGCCCAGCGCCGCAAGGACGCCGGCCUGUACGCCAUGCAGUACGGCAACGCCUACGUCGCGUCGGUCGCCGUCUACGGCGACUUUGCGCAGACCCUGCGCGCCAUGUCGGACGCCGACGCGUACAAGGGCCCGUCGAUCGUGCUCGCCUACCUCCCCGGCGGCGAGGACGACAACAUGGCCGCCCUCGAGCUCCUCAAGCAGACCAAGAAGGCGAUCGAGGUCGGCUCGUGGCCCCUGUACCGGUGGGACCCGUCGGCCGAGCAGCGCGGCAAGGACGUGUUCGAGCUCGACUCGGAGAAGAUCAAGGCCGACAUGCGCACCUUCCUCGACCGCCAGAACCACCUCACCGAGCUGUCGGCGCGCCUGCCCUCGUUCGGCGAGGCGCUCGAGGCCGGCUCGGGCAACAAGCUCGUCGCCGCCCAGAAGAAGAAGGCCCGCCAGGCGUUCGACGCCCUGUCGGGCGCGCUCGAGGGCCCGCCGCUCCUCGUCCUGUACGCGUCCGACGGCGGCAACUGCGAGAAGCUCGCCAAGAAGUUCGCGACGCGCGCCCGCACUCGCGGCGUCGCCGCCCGCACGCUCGCGUUCGACGACAUGCCGCUCGAGGACCUCCCGCUCGAGACCAACGUCGCCUUCUUCACGUCGGUCGCCGGCCAGGGCGAGUUCCCGCAGAACGGCCGCGAGUUCUGGAAGGGCGUCCAGGCGGGCAAGCUCGGCGACAUGAGCAAGGUCAACACGUCCGUGUUCGGCAUGGGCGACUCGCACUACUGGCCCCGCAAGGAGGACGCGCACUACUACAACAAGGCGUGCAAGGACCUGCACAAGGCGCUCGCGGCGCUCAACGCCAAGGAGCUCGUCCCGAUCGGCCUCGGCGACGACCAGGACCCGGACGGCCCGCAGACGGCGUACAAAGUGUGGGAGCCGGCCAUGUGGAAGGCGCUCGGCGUCGACAGCUUCGAGUCGACCGAGCCCGAGCUCGAGCCCAUCACCAACGAGCACAUCAAGAUCGCGUCCAACUACCUGCGUGGCACCAUCGCCGAGGGCCUCGCCGACCAGUCGACCGGCGCCCUGUCCGAGGCCGACGGCCAGCUCACCAAGUUCCACGGCAUCUACCAGCAGGACGACCGCGACAUCCGCGACGAGCGCAAGGCGGCCGGCCUCGAGCCCGCCUACUCGUUCAUGGUCCGCCUGCGCCUCCCGGCCGGCGUCUGCACGCCCGACCAGUGGCGCGCCAUCGACGCCAUCGCCGACGAGCGCGGCAACAACACGUUCAAGCUCACGACGCGCCAGACGUUCCAGUUCCACGGCAUCGUCAAGGCCAACCUCAAGCCGGCCAUGCAGGAGAUCAACAAGUGCAUGCUCGACACGAUCGCGGCCUGCGGCGACGUCAACCGCACGGUCAUGUGCUCGGCCAACCCGUCGCUCGGCAAGGUCCACUCGCAGGUGUUCGGGUUCGCCAAGGAGCUGUCGGACAACCUCAAGCCGCAGACGUCGGCCUACUGCGAGAUCUGGCUCGACCAGAAGCCCGUGUUCGACGGCGCCGUCAAGGACUUUGAGCCGCUGUACGGCGAGUACUACCUGCCGCGCAAGUUCAAGAUCGCCAUCGCCGUGCCGCCGUACAACGACGUCGACGUCUUCUGCCACGACCUCGGCUACAUCGCCAUCCUCGACGACAAGAAGAAGCUCCUCGGCUUCAACGUCACGGUCGGCGGCGGCAUGGGCGUCACCCACUCGAUGAAGUCGACCUACCCUCGCCUCGCCGACGUCGUCGGCUUCUGCACGCCCGACCAGGGCCUCGAGGUCGCCAAGGCGGUCAUGACGACGCAGCGCGACAACGGCAACCGCGCCAACCGCAAGAACGCCCGCGUCAAGUACACGGUCGACCGCAUGGGCCUCGACAACUUCAAGGCCGAGGUCGAGAAGCGCCUCGGGUACAAGCUCGCACCGGCGCGCCCGUACGAGUUCACGUCCAACGUCGACCACUUUGGGUGGCAGACGGGCGAGGACGGCCGCCGCCACUUUACCGCCUUCGUCGAGAACGGCCGCGUCCAGGACGAGCCGGGCAAGCCGUUCAAGACGGCGCUGCGCGAGAUCGCCAAGGUGCACAAGGGCGUCUUCCGCCUCACGGCCAACCAGCACCUCAUCAUCGCCGACGUCGCGCCCGAGGACGAGAAGACGAUCCAGUCGCUCCUCGAGAAGUACCACCUCGACUCGGUCGACUUUUCGGCCCUGCGCCUGUCGUCGGCGGCGUGCGUGUCGCUCCCGACGUGCGGCCUCGCCAUGGCCGAGUCGGAGCGCUACCUCCCGCUCCUCAUCGAGAAGGUCGAACAGAUCAUGGAGGAGGAGGGCCUGCGCAACGACUCGAUCACGAUGCGCAUGACGGGUUGCCCCAACGGCUGCGCUCGCCCCUGGGCGGCCGAGAUCGCGUUCGUCGGCAAGGCGCCCGGGUCGUACCUCAUGCUUCUCGGCGGUGGCUACCACGGUCAGCGGUUGAACAAGAUCUACCGCGAGGCCGUCAGCGAGGACGACAUCCUCACCAUCCUGCGCCCCAUGAUCAAGGCCUACGCCCAGGAGCGCCUCGACGGCGAGCACUUUGGCGACUUUGUCAUCCGCAAGGGCAUCAUCUCGGCGACCAAGAGCGGCAAGGAGUUCUACGACGACAUGUGCCCCCAGUAGAUGUCGCGCGAGCGACCCUCCCUCAUCUCUCUCCUUCGCCUCUGCAGUAUACCCUCGCCCGUCACCUCUCCCUCUCCCUAGAUCCACAAAAGCGCCACACCGUCUAUUCGUCCCUCUCGUUCCCUCCUCUUUCCUCCCCUCAUGUGUCUCCCUCUGGGUCCACCUCACCGUCGUGCGGCAGCCGACGAGUCCUCUGCAUCGUGUACCCCGUCGUUCCUCAGGCUC